UGUUGCUUCACGCUUCUCAACAACCAGCCUAAUUUCCUACUCUAAUUCCCAUAAUCUACACUCAAGAUGCGUGUCGCUCUUCUCGCUGCCAUCGUUCCAGUGGCCCUCGCUGGCUGGAACCCCAAAUCAUGCAAUGGAGCCGGAGGCUGCACCCAAGUUGGCUACUCCAACUCGGGCCCUUUCGUCUGCCCCGAUGGUAGCAGAUUGAAUCUUCCUUCGUUCGCGGGUGAUAACUUGAACGCUGGCAAUGGAAACGCCGAUCCCGUGUCGAAAGAGGACUUCCCCAAGUCGUGCACCAGCGGCGCUGUCCCUCCUGCCGACGCUACCUUCAUCAAAGUCAAGUCGAAGAAUAACCAGACCAUGUUCUUCUAUGUUACGGGCAAGUGUGAUACCCCCAAGCCGGAGGCUUUCAACUGCUAUAGCAAGAACCCGAACCCAUCUGUCCACACAUUUUGUUCCAUGUAUGAUACCAAGGGCGCCUUGUGCAAGGAGAACAACGCGGCCGGAUACUGUGAGCGUUGGGGAUACUCGACUGUCAACCCUCAGUGCGCCUUCUGGAAGCCAGGUGGCCCGGACCUCCCCAACACCCAGUAAUGAUUUCGCUAGUAUAUCUUCUUGUAUAUAAUGAUUAUACUGGCUGAAGACACAGUCGUGAUGAUAUAUAGCCUUUGGCACUGCGCGACAAUGAAAUGUGAC